AUGACCGUCAAAUUUAAUGUCAAUGUGCCUCAUCAGGACUUGAAGGAGCCUGAAGUUGGCCAUGGCGGCUAUGAGGGGAUGCGUCCACGCACUGAAGUUCUCCCAGUCGGACAUGUCACUGCUGCUGGUGGGAGGCCCCUAUCAUGUGAAAUUCUUGUCGAGCAUGAUGUUGCCAUCCCAAUGAGAGACGGCUGCAAAUUAUACGCCGACAUUUAUCGACCGCCCUCGGCUCCGGAACGCUCCGUGCCAGCUAUUCUUUGCUGGGGCCCGUUCGGCAAGAAAUUCAAUGGUAUUGACUCGUUGCGCAUUAUGUGCCCUUGGAACCUUGGCAUUCCUGAUGGCACGUUGAGUGGGUUGGAAAAGUUUGAAGCACCGGAUCCAGCCGACUUUGUGGACCGCGGGUAUGCCAUCAUCAAUAUUGAUUCACGAGGAGCCUUUGACUCCGAAGGGCGCAUGGUUAUCAUGGGUACUCAAGAGGCCGAAGACGGAUACGACACCAUCGAGUGGCUUGCCAAGCUGCCUUGGUGCAAUGGACACGUCGGAAUGGCUGGCAACUCACAUCUGGCAAUCAUCCAAUGGUUCGUUGCCGCCCUUCAACCGCCAUCUCUCAAGGCCAUUGCCCCUUGGGAAGGUUGCGGAGAUCUGUACCGUGAGCAAUUUGCUCGGGGUGGUAUAUAUGGUGGCGAUCUUUUCGAUCACCUCAUCGUGAAAUGGAUGUUGCGCGGUCGUAAUGGCAUGGAAAGCUUCCGAAAGAUGUUCGAGGAGCAUCCUGGCGCCAACGACUGGUGGAACGACAAGCGACCAGACAUGAAGAGGAUCAAUAUCCCGACUUAUAUCACUGGCACAUACACAAACACCAUGCACGGUAUGGGAGCCAUCCGGGGAUGGAUGGAGGUGAACACCCCUCACAAAUGGCUCCGGUGGCAUCCAUACCAAGAAUGGUACGACAUCUGGGGCAACCGCGAAGGCACAGAGGAACUGCUCUCAUUCUUUGACCGAUACCUCAAGGGGGUGGAGAACAACUGGGAAUCGACGCCCAAAGUUCGUAUGAGUGUCCUCCGAUUCGGUGAAAAGGAGCCUAUCGCGAACGUGAUCGAAGAGGACUUCCCGAUUCCUCGCACAAGCUACCGCAAGGCGUAUCUCACAGCCGACGGAGGCCUGAGCCUGGAUAAACCAAGUCCCACAGCUGGAACCAUCUCAUACAACUCCGAGGAUGCCAAGGACACCGCAACUUUCACAUAUACAUUCAGCGAGCGGACACAGAUCGUCGGCAUACCCAAAGCUGUACUCUGGAUGCGUAAUGACGAGUACGAUGACAUGGAUGUGUUCCUCGUCUUGAAUAAGAUUUCCGCAACAGGAGAGCGUCUGCUCAACCUCAACAUCCCCUGGACCAAUCUUCCCAUCAAGAAGAUUGCCGAUAUUCCCGAGGAUAAGCAAAUUGAGGUAAUUCUUUACCAGGGUCCCACGGGUAUUCUGAGGGCAUCCAAUCGCGAGAUUGAUCCCUCCAAGUCAAUGCAUCCAAACUGGCCCUACUACACUCACGUAGAGGAGAAGAAAGUGGAGCCAGGCACAGUUGUUCGGUUGGAGAUUGGAAUCUGGUGCAUGGGUAUCGAAUUUGAAGCGGGCGAGAGUCUGCAACUCUCUGUGAGUGGCUUCUACCAAGGGUUUUCAAAUUUCGGAACAACCGAGCACAUUCGGAACAAAGGAAAGCACUGGAUUCACACCGGGGGAGAACAUGAUAGCCACUUGGUUCUUCCUUUCGUUUAG